AUGAGAAAAUUGAGUGUCCCUUAUAUUUCAGCUUUAAUUCUAACUCCACUAAUUAUUAUUUCUUUACUGUGGCUUUUACUGAUUCAUAGUCACCAGAGAGAUGAAAUUCAAGUGUCUCUAAAAGCGAAGAAAUACUAUCAAGAAGUGAUGAGAAGUAGAGCGGAAGAGAAAAAUAUAGCAUUAUUGUCGGCGUUCGAUUUUGAAGAUGGUUUUAUCACAUCAGCAACAUCCAAAGUUCUUUUGAAAGGAUCCUCAGUUUACUGUCACUAUUUUGACAAAAAUCGUCGUUCGAUUCCCGAUUCGUCGAGACAAAUUUCAAUGUUCACAGAGACAAUUGCCAGAUGUCCAAAACCUGAAAAUUCUGAUUCAAGAUUCAUUUCUUUGAGUUAUUCGUUCCGAAAAUCUCCUCAAUUAGUUCCGAUUCCUGUUCAAAAGCGGCAAUUCUUCGAAACGAAACACGAUUUGACAGUCUGUGUCGAGUUGGAACUGGAACCAAAUUGGCUGGAAAUUACUGCAUUUAUCGAGUAUCAUCAGAAUCUGAAUAUCAAGUUUUUCCAUUUCACAACGAUUGAUUUGGAUGCAUACACAAGAAGGAUUCUCGAUGAUUAUAUUAGAUUAGGAGUUGUCAAACUGACUUCGUUAAGAAGUUUCAGAAAUUUGACUACAGUAACUGACGACUAUAAGACUAUUCAGAGAACUAACUGUUUGCUUCAAUCCAGAUCAGAUUCCAAAUUGGUUACUUUUCUGAGAAUUAAUGAACGAGUUGUGGAUAUACCGUUUUUCCUGCAAAACUUGAAAGGAGAUGAUGUUACAGAAACAAGAGUUGUUACAAAGACUCUAGAGAUGGAUAGUACUUUGAAAAGAUAUAAAAAUGAAACGGAAACAAGAGAUAUUCUUGGAUCUUUUAGUUAUAAAAGGCAUGUUCAGUUCAGAAAAGUGACUGAUCCAAAGAAUAUUCAAUCGAUGGAUCAGAUAUCAGAGGAUUUUGUAUAUAAGAAAGCCUCAAUAUUCACCCCUUCUAUCCCAGAAUCUGUGACGUCUUCUGUUCUAUUUCGAGUCAAAUACAACUACGACACCCGUCCGAUAUAUUGUGAUGAAUUCGAUAUAGAAGUGUUGUCAUGGUGCCCGGUUAACGUAUAUCAUUGUCAAUUCCGAGAUGAAACAAGCAAGAAAAUAAUUCUAGAGAAACGAGAAGAGGCAAGAAAAGUUAGAUAUAAGCAGGAAACUAUUCGAUGGUAG